AUUUGGUAAAGAGAAGUGAGAGAGCCAUCAUCUUAUCUGCUAUCGAGUGGGUAAGAAGAAUCAGAAAACAGAAAAAAAUGGCGAAUUCACUAUGCUUCUUCUCUUCUCCUCCGACCUAUUGCUUCCAAUCUCCUAGCAAAAGUUCUAAGCCUACUCACUUCUUCUCAACCAAUGAUAACACCUCGUCCUUGGUCCAGAAGAGAGAGCUGCUUCAGACUUCUACCAAAUCCCAAAGCUUUGAGAUUAAGGCCACAAACAGUAGUGGCACUAAAACAAACAGCAUAGUUUGUUCAAAUUGUGAAGGGAAUGGUUGUGUGGCAUGUUCUCAAUGCAAAGGAGGUGGUGUGAAUUUGAUUGAUCAUUUCAAUGGACAGUUCAAAGCUGGUGCACUCUGUUGGCUUUGCAGAGGUAAAAAGGAGGUGUUGUGUGGGGAGUGCAAUGGAGCUGGUUUCCUUGGUGGGUUCUUGAGCACCUUCGAUGAGUAGUAGAAAAGCUUCAACACUCUCUUAUAAAACCUUAGAAGAAGUAAAAUCUUUCCCUCUUUUUCAAUGCUCUUCUAAACCACCUUGUAUUACUUAUUUGUUUUAUUGCACACCAGACUCUUAUUGCAUUGUUGUUUUUCAGAAUUUUUCUUCUACAAAAAAUUAAAUAUUGUUAUGUUUACACCACUAUAGCACCUCUAUAUAGUUAUGUUGAUGGUAUAGCCACCCAUGUGAUUUUACUUUUA